AUGAAAACGCAAAUAGAAGGGCCAGAGGCAAGGGCCGCCGAAACACCGAGUAUGAGCCGCAGAUCCCGUUGCGGGUUGCAAGACGUCACCGGGUUUUGCUCUGCCGGGGCGUCUUCCCUUAUAUUCCGCCGUCUGCCACAAAGUGCCACACUGCCUUUUUCCUGUUCCCUCUCUCUUACACCUACACAAAUCAUCAUUCCUGCCCUCAUUCACUUGCGCACUGCACCGCACAUACUCAAAUACAUUGGUCAUCACUGUACCGUCCCGAAUCGCACCAUGAAGCUCCUUACCAAGCAAGAAGAAGAUGCCCACUACCGCUCAGUCGUGAAAGGCGGCACAAUCGGCGGGAUCCUCGGUCUAAUCGGCGGAGUCGCCGGCGUCCUCGCCUUCAGCAAGCGCUCGAGCACAGUCCGCAACCUGACGCUGCCGAUGAAAUCCUUCCUGGUGACCUCGUCGGGUACGUUCGUGGGCAUCGUCGCGGCGGACCACGCGUCGCGCGACUUCGAGGCUUCGCGCAACGCCAGCCAGAUGUGGUACCAGAACCGCACGGAGCGGCUGCGGCAGGAGGAGCUGGCGCAGCUCUCGACCGUCGACCGCCUGACCGCGUGGGCCAAGCGCGAGAAGUACAAGAUCGUCGGCGCCACCUGGGUGGCGUCCAUGGUCGGCUCGUUCGCCAUGGUCAGCCGCAAUAAGUUCUUGAGUAGCUCGCAAAAGAUCGUGCAGGCGCGUGUCUAUGCGCAGGGUCUGACGCUCGCGGUGCUGGUCGCUAGUGCGGCGUUUGAGAUCCAUGAUCAGCGCAAGGGCAAGGGCAUCCUGGAUAAGGCCAAGGCCGAGAAGGAGGAGGCCCAGAAGCAGAACUCUCAGGAGUUGGCCUCGCAUGAGGAGACCGGUGAUCUGUGGAAGGAUAUGGUUGCGGCUGAGGAGGAGCGCUUGAAGAGGAAGAAGCAGAGCUUGUAUGAGCAUGAUUAUCAGGAGGGACAUGCUAAGGAUGGCGAGAAGAAGCAGGAGCAGCAGCAGCAGGAGCAGCAGCAGGGAAAGAAGGAGCCCGAGGCUGAGAAGAAGGAGUAG